GUGGAGCCUCGGACCAAAUUCCCAUUGCUUUAUCUCUCUUUGAAACCCUCCCCAAACCCAAUCUCAAUCCCAAACCCUAGAGCUGCAUGAUGAUCGCUAAUCCUUUCCGUCUCUCCAAUCUUUGAUUGAGCUUCUCCAACAUUUUUAAUAUUCCCUAUUCGAUUUUGGCUUUUCUGAAUCUCAACCUUCGACGCUGCCGUGUUUUUCUUUGAAGAUCGAUCGGUGGUGGGAUUGUCUGUCGAAGAUUACUUUUGGGUCGAGUUUUAGAAGAUCUGGAUCAGCGGAGAAUUGAUUGUUUCGGACCCAUUUUUCUAAUAAAACAAUCGAAGAGCUCGUGUGAAUUUGACGAAUGGCUAUGGCCAAGUGGAUUUUUAAUAAUUCCUUGUGAUUUGCCCUGAUAUUUUUGGGAACUUCUGGAUUCGCUUACAAAUUCGAAAAAGAUCGGCGGUUUUUUGAUAAAAUUCUGGAGAAACUGUAAGGAUAGAUUUCUUGAAGAGAGAGCUUCGGAUUUUCCAUCGGCGAGGAAUCACGAGUUUGGUUUGAUUUCUUUUAGAAUUAAGAAAAAAAUAAAGAAUUUUUGUACUGUUCAAUUUGGUUUUUUCCUUUUUCUUUUUUGAAUAUCAGGCCUAUAUAAAUAUUUUUUGGAAGGCCAAUAAAUAAGCUAAUUACAUUGUUUUUUUAUUAAUUUAAUUUUUGUUCAUCAUCAUCUUCAUCAUCAUUAUUACUAUUAAGAGGAAAAGAAAGGAAAAAUGGCUGUUUAUUACAAGUUUAAGAGUGCAAGAGACUUUGAUUCAAUUGCCAUGGAUGGUCCAUUUAUAAGCGUUGGUACUUUGAAAGAAAAAAUAUUUGAAUCAAAGCACUUGGGCAGGGGUACAGACUUCGACCUCGUUGUCACUAAUGCCCAAACUAACGAAGAAUAUCUUGACGAAGCAAUGUUAAUCCCAAAAAAUACUUCUGUUUUAAUUCGCCGGGUUCCUGGAAGGCCUCGCAUGCCUAUUGUUGCUGCUCAAGAGCCUAAGGUGGAAAAUCAGACUAAAAAUGCUCAACUUGAAAAGAUAAACUUUCUGGAUGCUGAGUCAUCUGUCCCAAAAUAUACUGAAGACACUGAAUGGGAUGAAUUUGGAAAUGAUUUAUAUUCAAUCCCUGAAACGCUGCCAGUGCAGUCUAGCAAUCCAGUUCAUAAUGCUCCCCCUUCUAAUAAAGCUGAUGAAGACAACAAGAUUAAGGCUUUAAUUGAUACUCCUGCCUUGGACUGGCAGCGCCAAGGUGCAGAUGGUUUUGGACCUGGAAGAGGCUUUGGAAGGGGUAUGGGUGGAAGGAUGGGUGGGCGUGGUUUUGGAUUGGAACGCAAAACACCUCCUCCAGGUUAUGUUUGUCACCGCUGUAAGGUGCCAGGGCAUUUUAUUCAGCACUGCCCCACAAAUGGUGAUCCAAACUAUGAUAUCAAAAGGGUAAAGCCUCCUACUGGCAUUCCAAAGUCGAUGCUAAUGGCAACUCCAGAUGGCUCUUAUGCAUUGCCGAGCGGAGCAGUUGCAGUUUUGAAGCCCAAUGAAGCUGCUUUUGAGAGAGAAAUUGAGGGCUUACCUUCCACUCGUCCUGUUGGUGACCUUCCACCUGAACUUCAUUGCCCAUUGUGCAAGGAAGUAAUGAAAGAUGCUGUUCUAACUAGCAAAUGUUGUUUUACGAGUUUUUGUGAUAAAUGUAUAAGAGACCACAUUAUCUCAAAAUUAAUGUGUGUAUGUGGGGCUUCCAACAUACUGGCCGAUGAUCUUCUGCCAAAUAAGACCCUAAGAGAUACAAUUAAUCGCAUAUUGGAGUCUGGUAACAGCAGUGCCGAUAAUGCUGGAAGCACUUUUCAAGUUCAAGAUAUGGAAUCUGCUCGAUGUCCACAGCCAAAAAUUCCAUCUCCUACUGCAUCUGCUGCAUCAAAGGGAGAGCAGAAGCCAGUGUCUGCUAAGGAAGAAUGUCCUGAUGUGUACGAUAAAGCUAAUGAGGUUAAGGUAGCUAUUCCUCAGCAGGUCUUGGAGAAAGUUAAGGUUGUUAAGGCUGCUGAUGCAUCUGAGGCUACACUGGAAUCAAUGAGUGUGAAGGAACCUGCAUCACAAGGGAGUGCCCCACUAGCAGAGGAAGAAGUGCAACAAAAGGUGGCUUCUGGAGAUGCAGGGAAGAAAAAGAAAAAGAAGAAGGUCCGUUUGCUAGCAAAUGAGUUGCAAUGGAAAACCCCUCAGGAUCUUGCAGCUGAGAACUAUAUGAUGUCUAUGGGUCCUUCAGCCUAUAACCCUUACUGGGCUGGUAUGCAGCCAGGAAUGGAUGGGUUUAUGGGUCCUUAUGCUGGUGCGAUGCCUUAUAUGGGGGGCUAUGGACUAGGUCCAUUGGACAUGCCAUUUGGAGGUGUAAUGCCUCCAGAUCCUUUUGGCACUCAAGGGUACAUGUUUCCUCCUGUCCUGCCUCAGAGAGAUCUUGCCGACUUCGGAAUGGGUAUGAAUGUUGCCCCACCAAUCAGGAGCAGAGAGGAAUUCCAGGCUCGGCAAGCUGAUUUGCGGAGGAGGCGUGAAAAUGAGAGAGGAGGUGAAAGGGAUUUCUCCAGAGAUCGGGAAUUUGGUAGAGAAAUGAGCAGCAGUGGUGAUUUUUCUUCAUUGAAACCAAAAUCUAAGCCUACCCCACAAAUGUUAGGUGGUGACCAUCGCCAUGAACACCCACGGCUCCAAUCAGAGAGGACCUCUCAUGAACACUCCAUGCGGGACCAUGAAGCACCUCCCCGCCCUACAAAGAGAAACCCUGACCAGCAUCAUGAUCGUGAUCAUGACCGUGAUCGCCAUCAUCACCAUCGACCUGAGUCUUCCAAGCUUGCCCCUGAAACAGUCACCAAAGCCACUUCCACGACUGCUACUGCAGCAAUGGAUAAGAGUCAAAAGACAAGUGUGUUUUCUCGCAUUAGCUUUCCCGAAGAGCACAGCAAGAAACGCAGACUAUCUUCGGAUGUACCUGCAUCUUCUGGCCAUCACAAGUCAACUUCCAAUGGAUACUAUGAUGACUACAAGACUAGUUCAGCAGCCCCAAAGGCAAUUUCUGGUACCAGCGGGGGUGGUAGGAAGAGCAGUCGUAGCAAUGCUGUAGAUUAUGAAUCUAGUGAUGAUGAUAGACAUUUCAAAAGGAAGCCGUCGAGGUAUUCACGGUCACCAUCAUCUGAGUGGAUAGAACAACCACGGCACUCUAGAGGAUCCAAGGAACGCGAGCGUAGCAGCUAUAAUAAACAUAGAUAAAAGAGUAAAUAAUAAUAUUAGAGUUUGUAACGCUGCGAGUGCUGUGAAGGAGCAGUCGCAAUCUCAUACUUUUGGACUUAUACUUUUAAUAAUUAUAUGACAUAAAAGCUUUUUGCUUGCUUUGCAAUUUAAAAUCCGUAAUUAUGAA